CAUGGCGUUGAUCAUGGCGGUUGUGAGAAGGUUACGACCGGAAAACCAAUUUAAAAUAUGCCAGUUGUAGUAAUUUAUUAAAUAAUUAAAUUUUAUGAAAUGAGACGUUACUUAUGUAGGAGAAAUUAUGUGUAAUCUUCUAACAUCAGCUAUGGAGACUAAAGUAACUAGUAAAACCAGCAGUUUAAAAGCUCUUUUGCUACGAGCAUGGAGAGAACGCUGGAGUGAUUUACAAUGGGGUAUUAAUAUUAAAACAAUUUUACCAAGAGGUGUUAGCGGAGAUGUAUAUAAUUUAGCAGACUGUAUAUUACAACAAGCAUUAGUUGGACUUGGUCCAAAUCAGUUAGUACUCUCUUACUUGAAACAUUCUUUAAGUUCACAGUUGGUCUCCUAUGCUGCUGUAUUGCAACGGAUAAGCAAAUACGAUGCCUUUCACAAGCCCCAUUGUAUUUUAAGUCUACUAGAAUUUCUAGAAUCUAUUCAAAUAGGUAUAACCUGUCGUGGUAAAUCAGAAGAGGAUCUCCUGGCAGCUGCAGUGUUAUCUAUUGUGCAUUGGCUGUUGCAGUGUUAUCUGCAUACUUUAACAAAAAUGCCUCAAAACAGUCCACUAACACCACAACCGACAGAACUGAUGGAUAAACCUGCCAGUAUAUUGAAACAGAUGCUUAGUUCAGAUUUUCUUUGCGCUAUGAUGUACUUAGCCAAAUACGAUGACAAAGAUUUGUACAUAGAUGUUGUGAAGAAAUGUCAAGAAAUCGAGGCUCUACUGAAAACUAGCAGUUUAAAGUCUUCUGUGCCGAUCGAGGAGUCUCUUAAAAAGCUGUGCAAUUUAGAGAUCGAAUGUUUAGCUCUUUCUUUUGAAAUGACGCAAAUGGAGUCCAUAACUCACUGCCUGCAGCCAUUGUUCGCGGUCCAAGUGUUAUUAAAUCCUAGUACAGAGACGGCCGUGUUUGUUAAUCAGUUGUUAAUGGUCCAAAGACUUAAGAAUUACACGAACGCGAGGUUGUACUGUGAAAUAAUUCGUGCGUGUUUAAUGUGCCUGCACAACGUUACAGGCACGUUCAAAGAGUCACAGUGGGGUGCUUUCACGUUUUUGAAAGUACCUCUUAUUUUAAAGGAACUGCAUGUUGCACAUUCGAACGGCGAUGAUAAAUCGGAGUAUUCUCAAGAUAUUUUAGAUGCGUUCGAACUUCUACUCCAAUUUACACCGCUUCUCGACAUAAUGGACACCGCGUGUUCUUGCAACAGUGUCGAGUGUUUACUGAACGCGUUGCAAAAAGUGAACUUAGUCACGGAGAAACAGGCCAAACAAUUGAGCAGUAGAAGAGAGGGUGUCACAGCAACUUUACAAAAGUUGGAGUCCUCUACGUCCACACCCUCUAUUCCAAAGGUAAUCGUGCGCGCAGAGCCCACGUUAUCCGGGAUUUUAAAAACGCUCAACGCCGAUUACACAAAGAUCCACGAGGCGCUGUUGAGCAUGCUGCACCAGGUGUUAACCGGGAACAGUUUCGAGCUGAUGUUGGCCGUGGCGACCGUGGAAGGUAAACUGAAAACCUUCGUUACGAAACUGAUCAAAUUCAACGAAUGCAGCAAGCAGAAUAACGAACCUGUCCCACCAAAGACUGCCGCGACCAGAGCAAUGCUAUUCGACGUAUCGUUCCUCAUGCUGUGCUCCAUAGUGCAAACGUAUGGAUCUGAUGCUGUUUUAGAGGAAGGAGGAGGAGAUUCCUUCUUUGAACAAUGGGUACGCGAAUGUAUGCCGGAACGGAACCAACCAAAGUCGCCCCAAAAGAUGUUGCAAAACAUUGACCCUGCCAGGGUGGACGCGUUGCUUGCGCAAAUCAAUUCCCCGGAUCCUGACUUUAAAUCUAGUAAUAUAAAAUGGCACAUCGCCUGUCAGUCGGCUAUGGGGGUCGUGAAAGAGCUUCUUUGCGCGUGGGAAAGCGACGUACUGGGAGCUGGCGACGUUAAGAGAGCUUUAGACGGUCUGCGCGCGACUGCGUGCUGUUUACCAGUUUGCGCAGCAGCCUGGCUAUGCGCGUACAUGAGCAUCACGCAUCAGGAUGCCCUCUUGAAACCUAUGAACAUGGUGCAACAUUUUUUAACGCCAUUGCCCGGGGAUGAAAUGCAGGACAAUCUCAAGGAACGGUCUAGCUUAAUGUCUCAAAUCAUUCGCAAAAUGCAGUACGAUGUUCAUCCUCCCACUCAAUCGAAAACUAAGGUGCUUUCGAUGUCCCACAGCAUUAUAUCGAGACAACCUAUAUUGGAGCAAUUGGAGGCCGUGUGGAAGAACGUCAAUCAACGGGGGUGGAUAAAUAUCCAAGCGACACAGUCUUUAGAAUCUUUAUUAAAUACCGGUGGCUCGCUGUGGUUCGUUUCGAACAUAGUGAAAGAGGUGUUAAAGUAUCGUUACCAGCAGGAGCUGGACCAAGCCGUAGACCUUGCAUUCGCCAUUUUUCAUCUUGAUAUCGAGAACUGUACCUUAGAUCUCAUAAAUCAUAUCAUUCCACAAUAUUUAUAUAACUCCUUACAAAGCGAAGAACUCGUUGAGCCACAGUCCUCGGUUUUAGCGAAACUGUGCGUGUACUGUAUAUUUUCUACGUUAGAAUACAACAAUUCGAACCCGUAUCGUGGAAGUAGCAGAAAACGCGGGCGUCGUGACUUAGAUGCCGAUGAACUCGAUGCUCUUGGGGUGCCAGCGAAUAAGAUCCUUCGAUUAAACGAGUCGGGUGAUUCUAACCCCAUUUUUGGUUCGCAAAGUCCGCAAGCUCAGGGACCGACCAACGGACAAAAAUCGAUCGUAUUGAGGGAUCCCCUGUUGUCAGCGUUAAACGGAUUGUUCACGAUAUUCACGUUCCUCGCCGGCAGAGACGGCGAAGUGUCCCAGCAAACACAUUUUAUACUUCAAUUUUUGCGUCUUAUGGUACAAUGCGGGAAAGACAGAACCCGUAUCGUAUUGCAAGGGAUGCCACAGACAUUGGUUCCUUGCCUUCUAAAAGCACUGCCUGAAUUGUUCACGACUGAUAUUCUGUUAAGAUUUUACGAUAUUCAGACAGCAGUUGGACGGAAAGCGACAGCGCGUGAUCUGUGCAUGCUGCGAAAUAUCACUCUGAAACCCACGAAGUAGCGCUGAUAAUAUUUUUUAAGCAGACUGCUCUUUCGGACGAUUCAUAGAAACGAACAAUUACAAA